GAUGUGCCAGAGGUACAAAACACUGGAAUGAAAUGGCUAAAUUAGCUCCUCCUUCUGUAGAGAAGUGCCCCAGAGCCUUGAUAAUGACCUAAUUAUUCUAUUCAGGUGUGGUGCAGCAGAUGCACAUAUAAAAGUUGCAGGACACCGGCCCUUGAGGACUGGAGUUUGACAGCCCUGAAGCAGGGAAACGUCUGAAGCAUCCAGCGGAGACAAUCAUAAUUCGCCAGCAAAAUGUUCCUCUUCACUUUGGUGCUUGGAGUGCUGUUUCUACCGGAAGCUAACAACCUGAAAUGUUAUGAAUGUUUACCGGCUCCCUCUGGAAUUUGCACCGAGAAAACAACCGAGUGUCCCUCACAGGAUUAUCGUUGUUUAACAGCAACAGAAGUCGCAUUUAAAGGUGGCGCAGUGCUUUCUGCUCUCAACUUCAAACGUUGCACGAUGCCUGAACAAUGUGUUGAAAACUCCGUCAACUACGGAACUUACAGAGUGGCGAAAAGUAGCGUCUGCUGCAACGGAGACCUCUGCAACGCUCAAAUGCCUAAGUCCAAGUCCACUCCAAAUGGAAAAAAGUGCUUCACGUGUGAGGGAGGAAACUGCAUGAAAACUCUUAACUGUGAAGGGAAUGAAAGCUACUGCAUCAAGGCAACAAAAGGAAAAAAUGUGACGCUGAAGGGAUGUGCCUCCAAGCUGAUCUGCUCCGAUCAGUCGGCUGCACGGGUGAAUCAGUUCAGCCCAGAACAGAUUAGCUGCUGCCAUGGCGACUACUGCAACAGCACCAGUAGAGCCAGUACCAACCUGCUGCUCCUGUUGGUACCUCUGCUGUUUUCUGCCUUAUUCUUUUAGAUCAAACUGAAUUGCUGCCAUGUUUUCUUUUUAAUCACAAUUAAUUUUAUAAAUCUGUUCUUUUUUUAUUUGAUUCUAUUCAAAAUGUGGUUAGUUACACAACAUUUUGUAAUUAACAACAUCCUCUAUAUACUUUUCUGUUGUACACAAAAAGAAAAUACUCCUCAAUAGGCACAAAAAAAAUUGCUUAUUGAGCACUUGCAAAAACAGUUAUUAGAAAAUGUAUUCAAAACCAUUAGAAUUUACCCGAAUAAAGCCAACAUAUCCAUGCAGAUAUUAUUGUUUUCUACAUGAACUGUCUGAUGCAGAUUUUAGUUGUGUUGUCUUUAAUGAUGAGGUUAACAGGUUUUAAAACUAAAUAUUUCAUAUUUUAUUGGAAAUCCAUUAUUCUCUUCAUUUAUAACCAGAAAUAAAUACAAGAGUUACAAUCUAAUCAGA